AUGGGAGAAUACAAUUUGGUGCAUUUGCAGAAAUUUAAUACGACUCCAUUUGGAACCUGGAAUGAAAGAGAAAUUAAAAUUGUGUUCAAGAAAAAACAUGUCAUCUCCUUUCUCCUCUCUCAACAAGAUUCGCAGAAUGCCACUUCAAUUGCAGCCAACAGAGAAAAAGGCAGUACCGCUCCAGAUAAAUAUCCAGAAUGAAGAUGAAGCUGCUAUGAUGGAUGAAAUUCUGGGGCCAGGAGCUCAAAUUCCAGUACAAAUUAAUUUGCCUUCUUGCUCAAAUGGAGCUACAGCACAAUCAACUAUACUUGGGAAUGCUCCUACUGAUAUGGAGUUGAUGACUUCCAUGAUACAGAAGAUUGCUUCUUUGGAGCAGAAAGUCAAGAGCCAAGCACAAGCCAUCCAACAGAAGAACAAGAAGAUCAGAGAACUUGAGGAACAGAUCAAAACCCUUAAGAAGGGAAUAGAAACUUCAUCAGGAGUGACCCAAGUCGAGGAACUGGAAAUGAUAUGCUUUCAGCUGCAACGUCAGGUUUGGGAAAUGGAGCGGUUUCUGAAUGACUAUGGAUUGAUCUGGGUCGGAGAAGACCCAGAUUCCUUGAGAGAUCUGGAGUCACUAAAAGAAGAAGGGAAUCCAGCAUCAAGGGCUUUCUGGAAACCAGGCGAUGCCAUCAUUUCAGAAACCCCAAUCAAUUUUGAUUUGAUUUUUGAGAAUCUGAAAGAUUUGAAUGUGCUGGCUGGAGAAGGUGUGUCCCAAAUUAAACACACUACAGGUGGAGCUCGGUUGAAGCAGUUGGAUUCAGUUCCUAUCACCUUCUAUCAGAAUGGGAUUGUCAUGUUCAAUGGACCUUUCCGGUCAUAUGAAGAUCCUUCCACACAGCAUUGCCUGCGAGAUAUCAUGGAUGGCUUCUUCCCUUCUGAGCUGCAGAGGCGUUACCCCAAUGGUGUCCCAUUUCAGGUUACCGACAAGAGAGAUGUCUUCUUUCAGGAAAGGAAGCUGCCGGGGUGUUUCCCUGGCUUUGGCCAGGCUGUUGGGCGUUCCAAACCAAAUGGAAUAAAGGAAACAAAUGAGAUCUCAGGUCCCAAGCUCACAGUGGAACAAUUUUUAAACAAACUUCCAAAGUCAGUGGUUCGAGAUGGGCAAGUGAUAGAUAUCCGGGAAGAUGUUAAAAAAACUCUGCAGGGCCUGGAUGGAACACGAAGCCAUGAAGUGGUUCUGGUGGAGACGCCCAGCCUUGCAGCAAUGAGGAAGAGACUGGAAGAAAAACAAAUGAAAGGGGUGUCUGACACCAACAUUUCAACUCUUCGGAUAAAGUCAGAGGAUGGAGAAAAGACAUACAUUGUCAAAAUGUCAUUCACAGAGACUAUUGGAGACCUACGCCAACAUCUUGCUCAGAACAGGGGUGAAGCGGUGGAGCCAUAUGAGAUCCUCAGCACAUUUCCCCUUCGGGUGUAUAACAACGAUGCUGUGAGCCUGGAGGAAUGUGGGCUGGUCCCCAGUGCUUUCCUUCUGCUGAGGAAAAAACUCUCUUCAGCAAAAUCAGGAGAGGAACAGCUGUAAUGGUUCACAGUAGAUGAUGCAUCAGACUUGGCUGCUGCUCAGCUGGGAAGUUGCGUGCCUUCUUCUCCUUCCCCAAGGUAGCUGCUCAUAUAAGAGCAAAUGGCUCAGUUGUAUGAGGGCGGGUCUAGUGCGGAAACAAGUAAUACAGUACUUGUAGUUCCAGCUACACAGGUUAGAACCAACCACCAUGGCUUAUUCCCCCCAUCCCCCAAAGUAAAACAAGCCAGGGCAAACUAAGUGACUGUUGAACAGCCUAAGUAUAGAGCCUUUGUGCAACACUUUCUUUCCUAUCCUGAUGGAAGUUAAGACUGCCCCAUUUUACCCAGCCCCAAAGGAACUAAAAUAAGUUGGCCUUUAUUACUGUUCCUUUAAGAAUGUUGGACUAUUUCCACAAGAAAAACCAGCUGGGCUGUUGAUGCCAGCUCUUGACUUCUUGAGCAUUGCAAAGCUUUUGUAAAAAAAAAAAACCAGUUUGGGGCCUGCAUAACCUCCACCAAGAUAUGGCACCACCUUCUUUGUACUCCAACUUUGUAAAUGCUAGGUGUGCAAACCCGGUGAAGCAGGAAAGGCUGAAAUUUCUGGAUCCUGUUCUAGCCUAUGAGGACAUCCUAAAAAAAUAAUAAAAGGGGGUGGGGGAGAGCUUUCUCUGGGUGGGCAGAUUUAGUUUAUGGAGCAGAAAAGUACCUGAAGCAGAGGAGGACCAGAGUGGUCCAGCUCUUCUUUCUGGAAGAGCUGUGGCUGCAAGGGCUAACUGGAAACACUUGUGAGCUUUCCUCAGCUGUCCCCCUCUGGAUGUCAUGAAUUCAGCUCCCAACUGUCCCCUAGCCAGCAUGCCUUUUGGUUCUUCCAGAUGGGAGAUUAUGGGAACUGGAACAGGCGUUGAGUGGGAGGGACCAAGCACAGUAACGCAGCCAGCUGCAGCCAACCCCCUUCUCAUUGGGAGUUUGCUUCACUGUUUAGGAGAAUGUGCUUUUUUACAACUUACUUAAGCAUUUUUAUUGCACAUUGUGGCUUUUGGUUCACAUGAAGUACCCAGAUAGUUUGUUAAUUUAGCACCCCAACUAAGCUUAUUUCUGUAUGUUGUCACUAGUUUUGUGCCCUCUGGGUCCCAUUUUUAUGAACAGGUUAAUUUACCUGCCCCUAUCUGGCAUCUAUUUGGAUGAAGGCUUGAAGCAUUAAGGAAAUGGCAUCUUCUGAGUUCAAAAGAAAGCGAGCUGGAUUUCUCCAGCAUCCAAAUCUUCUGCUUGUGCUGUCCUUCCUCCCUCAGGGUUUGGACCUUACAGAAUUGUACCAGGGUAGGGUAGAAUUAUGCAUUGGAAUCCCCCCCUUGUAGCAGCAGUUACUUUCAUGAAGAAAGCUAGAUGAGCAAGUAGAGGGGUUUAAUAAUUAAAGCACGUGUUGCCAGCAACAGCACCUAUAGUGGCAUGAUGUUAUAUUAGCCCAGGCUUUCCGUGUGCAGGGUCCUUCUGGCAGGCAAGACUGUCUUAAACAACUACCAUUCCUCCAAAGCCGGCCACAAGUUGUGAAUGUGUAUUUGUUAAGUGAAAGGUAUGCUAGAUGCUUUUUCUGAACUUUAAAAACCAGUUCUUGGUGCUACUAAUCCAUGGUUGUUUCAUAUACUUACUUUCGCUGGCUGAAUUCUACAUGCUUGCAAUCAAUUCAAGUGGUAUCUUCACUGCAAAAGCUGUGAUGUGGAUGAAUGCUUCGUUGUCCACAAGAAUGUGUCUCUAACCAACUAAAAUUGCCUGUUGCCAUGGGCCCAUAAAAGUUGACAAAUUGUGGUAGCCAUUAGGGCUAUUGGUUUAGGGCUGAUGGCUGCCAUCUGGUGGUCAUCUGGAGUUUUACAGAACAGAUGUGGUAACCCUAAUCUCAAGUGACGGUGAUCUCUUUAGGGAGACCACACCUAGUUUAUAAAAAUCUAACAGGAAUGCUGGGGCAAGUACCUUGCCAUUGUUCCCAGUUGCAAAAAGCAGUAAAUUGGCUCCCAGUUUCUAAGACUCGGUGCCAAUCUCCAGAUACUUAAAAAUAGUGAUGCUGAGUUUUCACCAGGAUUUCUAAAAAGUAUUCUGUAUGGUGGUAUUUGGACUAUAAACUCCCCACAAUGUUCCUGUUAGACAAUGCCCUGAUUAAUACAAUAUGCUCAGACAAAAUUUGCUUAAUCAUUGUAUACUGAAUAACUCUUAAUUGGUUGAAUUCACAUAACAAGCCAAGCCAAAAUAUGGUUUAGGGUUUUGGUUUUGCAUGUUAUGUAAACUCUGAUGUACUUCUUCUUUUCCCUUUCUCUACCUGAACAGUAAACUCAUUCUCUGAUUAUCUGUUCAUAACCAAAACAGCAUCAUCUACAUACAAGAGGGAAGUUGUAGUAAGUACAACAUAGCCAUAGCCCAAUUGAGUUUCCCACCUACACUCAGUAUAGGUGGGGGAAAAAACGAACAAGGGAAAUGGUGUAUAGCACUGAAGUCUCUUUCCUGGAAACAAAAGGAAGUGGGGGCCAAUUUUAGUGCAACAAAAAGUGCAGUGUCUUGGCCUUACUUUUAAAGUAUGUUCUAUGUCUCUUGCCCAAGAUGGCUGCAGAGCGCCAAAACACUCAUUGCUAUAGGUGGCAGUUGUGCCAAAAACUUCCUCGUGCUACUGAGAGUGUUCUUCUGGCACACUUAGGAUUUUUUUUUAAAGACAACAUUGCUCAAGUAUAACAAUGAAAGUAAUUGAGUUGCUAAGAAUCAGAAAACAGAUUUCCAAAUGAACGAACAGAGUGGCAUCUAAUUUCUGUGUCUAACCAAACCAAUUUUUUAAAAUACCUUAAAAAAACACACACACAGAGAACACUAUCAUGGAGGUUUUUAGCAAUAUUUAAUGGCAUCUCAACAAAAAAUGGCUGUUUAUAAAUUUUGCUUUCAGAAAGAAAGGCAAAGAAAAUGCACUUGGUCCAUGUUUGCAAAAAGGCAGUUCCAAAAGGGGAAGCAUGAAACAGCUGAUGCCAGAACAGAGCUGGAAUCACCUUCCCCUCUUGGGGAGCAGGGAAGAGUUUUCCACUGCCAUGUGGAAAACAAGGAAAAGCACUAAUGGAAUACGAGAAAUAUUCUUGCCAUCCUCUCGAGAACCACUUUCUUAAGAAAGGCUGAGCUACUUCACUAUGUUUUAAGACAGGUACACACACAAGCUCACUCACUCCCUGGCAGAGAAGGGAACUGGAGCGCAAAACCUUGUGCAGUGCUUUUUGCAUUGCUGGGUAACAGUAAUAAUAAUAAGAGCAGAGGUCUGCUGCUCUCAUUUCCUGGAUUCGAACGAAAAAGGACCUACAUUUGCACAUCUGAGGACAUGUGGUGAUAAGAUGGGAAGCAACCCUGGAAGGGCAGGCUGAGCUUCAAAAAAAGGGGGGG